UUCCUUUGUGUUUAUCAAGCAGAUAAUUUAAGUGAAGCCCUGAAAAAGCUGAAGAUAACAUCCACUGACAGCACAGCAGAUAGCUUGGAGGGAUGCUUGGACUGUCUGCUUCAAGCUCUGGCACAAAACAAUGUGGAGACAAGUGAAAAAAUCCAGAAAAGUGGAGUUCUUCAGGUGUUCGCGAGUCUGUUGACGCCACAAUCUUCCUGCACAGCAAAAGUAGCUAACAUCAUAGCAGAAGUAGCCAGAAAUGAAUUCAUGCGGAACCCCUGUGUGGAUGCUGGGCUGAUCCCUCCCUUGGUGCAGCUGUUAAACUGCAAAGACCAGGAAGUUUUGCUCCAAACAGGACGUGCCCUGGGCAAUAUAUGCUACGAUAGCCAUACCUUGCAGUCACAGCUUAUCAAUAUGGGUGUUAUUCCUACGUUAGUGAAAUUGUUGGGCAUUCAUUGCCAAAAUGCAGCUCUGACAGAAAUGUGCCUUGUUGCAUUUGGCAAUUUAGCAGAACUCGAGUCAAGUAAGGAGCAGUUUGCCUACACAAACAUUGCUGAAGAGCUUGUGAAACUGUUCAAGGAGCAAAUAGAGCAUGAUAAAAAAGAGAUGAUUUUUGAAGUUUUGGCCCCCCUGGCAGAAAAUGAUGUCAUUAAACUCCAGCUGGUUGAAGCAGGUUUGGUGGAGUGCUUACUUGAGAUUGUCCAGAAGACUGUAGACAGUGACAAAGAGGAUGAUAUUGCAGAGCUUAAAACAGCUUCUGAUCUUAUGGUUCUAUUAUUGCUUGGAGAUGAAUCCAUGCAAAAGUUAUUUGAAGGAGGAAAAGGCAGUGUGUUCCAAAGAGUACUUUCAUGGAUUCCUUCCAAUAGUCAUCAGCUACAGCUUGCUGGAGCACUGGCUAUUGCAAAUUUUGCCAGAAAUGACGGAAACUGCAUCCAUAUGGUGGAUAAUGGCAUAGUUCAAAAGCUGAUGGAUCUGCUAGACAGACAUGUGGAGGAUGGAAAUGUAACUGUGCAGCACGCUGCACUGAGUGCUCUCAGGAACCUGGCUAUUCCUGUUGUAAAUAAGGCUAAGAUGCUAUCAGCUGGCGUUGCAGAAGCUGUAUUGAAAUUUCUCAGAUCGGAGAUGCCCCCCGUUCAGUUCAAGCUGCUGGGAACAUUAAGAAUGUUAAUAGAUGCACAAGCGGAAGCAGCUGAACAGCUGGGCAAAAACGUAAAACUGGUGGAACGCUUGGUGGAGUGGUGUGAAGCCAAGGAUCACGCAGGUGUGAUGGGAGAGUCCAACAGACUCCUUUCUGCACUUAUACGACACAGCAAAUCAAAAGAUGUAAUUAGGACCAUUGUACAGAGCGGUGGCAUCAAGCAUUUAGUAACCAUGGCGACCAGCGAACACGUAAUAAUGCAAAACGAAGCUCUCGUUGCAUUGGCAUUGAUAGCGGCUCUAGAGUUAGUCACUGCUGAAAAGGAUCUUGAAAAUGCUCAGCUUGUUCAGAUUCUGCACAGACUGCUCUCAGACGACAGGAGUGCUCCAGAAAUAAAAUAUAACUCCAUGGUGCUGAUCUGUGCUCUUAUAGGAUCUGAACCUCUCCAAAAGGAAGUGCAGAGCAUGGCGUUUCUAGAAGUCAUAUCAAAACUCCGCAGCCAUGAGAACAAAACUGUUGCCCAGCAGGCCUCGUUAACAGAGCAGAGACUUGCUGUAGAAAGCUGAGGAAGGUCUUGUUUCCAGUGCAUCCCAUCACAGAUUUCACCUUUGUCCUCCGUCCUGCUCCGCUCCUGCUAUGUUUUACACUGUAUCACUUGUGCAUGCGUGUAACGUUCCCACACAAAUUGAUGAACUGCUGUAGGUACCUGUCCAAAAAGGUUUCUACAAAUUCAUAGGUGGUGUUAACAUGAACCUGUCUCCACCUGUAACUGUUCUACUUGUAUUCUUGUUGCUUGGGCCACAUAGUAGAAUGUGCAUGUUGUAGUCCUAUGAUGAUGUAGAAGUGGUACUACACAACUGACUCUUUCCUCAUGCCCCCUAACUGCAUAAAAAUGUACUACUAAAUUAGGGACAACACGAGAUGCAGCAGCUCCAGACUAGCGUGCUGACUAUAGGAUUAAGAAGUAGAUCUAGCUCAAUUUUUGGUGCUUUGGAGAUUCAGGUUUGAAUGCAAUGUACUGCUGCUCAUUCACUGGUCUUGCCUAUUAAUGUCAAACUUGUGGUACCUAGAGGUAACAAAUAAAAAUUUCAGUGCUCUCACUUUA